GUGAUACUUCGGGUAAAAGGGUUUUUACCCAUUAUCCGGGAAAAAUACCCGUUCACAAAAUCAGGUCUUCUACCAUCGUUACGAACCUUUCCCGUCUCUCUCUCUCUCUCUCUCUCUCUCUCUUCAGACGCACGGUGGGCGGCAAGUCGACGGCAUAACAAGGUUUACUAGAAAGAACUGUUUCCGGGUACCAUUUAUUUAUGGUUGCUCUAGGUUCAAAAGCAUUGCCACUGAGAAUACCCAAAACCAGUAGUUUGACCAAGGACGAUUUCAUGGCCGGGGAAGAGAAUAGUUAUGGAAAACGCGGAAGGAAAGGAAGCAUGAGCAGAAGAUCAAGUAAAAAACACCCUGGUUUUGAUGGGCACCAUUCUGUUGAAAAUUUAUCUGGUGGGGUGUCUGCUAAAACUGCGAGAGCUUCAAAAGUAUCAAAGCAUCAGAUUGCCUCAGGCCCACAACCAUCAUUUAUCAGGAAACAGGUUGAUCCUGAGACCAAAAAAUACUACUCAGAGAUUUCCAAUGUUAUUGAAGGUAAUGAAGUUGACUUAGAGGAAAGGUCAAUCAUAUGCGGUAACGCAUUGGAAGAGAGUAGAGGGAAAGAAGUGGAACUUGCAACUGAUAAGAUCAUAAGCCACACUUUUGAAACCCUCCUUGAUGGUUGUGAUGCGAACCACACAUGUGAAUUUCUCCGAAGCUGUGCAGAGGACUUCCCUUCUAUUGCAAUGGACCAAUCUGGUUCCCAUGUUGCUGAGGCUGCUCUCAAGUCGUUAGCUUAUCAUCUUGAUCAUCUUCAAGAUGAUAAAGCUUAUUCUGAAAUUGAAGAGACCUUAGCCAUUAUAUGCAAGGUGAUCGUUGACACUCCUAUUGAAAUCAUGCGCAACUGUUAUGGGUCUCAUGUUCUUCGGACUCUUCUUUGUCUUUGUAAAGGGGUGUCAUUAGACUCUGCCGCGCUUCAUAAGACGAAGUCGUCGACUAUUUUAGCACAGCAGUUAAAUUCCAGGCCAGCACGAGUGGAAAUAAAUGAUUCUCAAUAUUUGCAGCAGGGAUUUCCAGAUCAACUGAAAUUCCUCGUGUCUGGGAUGUUAAACUGUUCCAAAGAAGACAUUUUAACCCUUCAAACUGAUCAGUGCAGCAGUUUAGUUUUGCAGACUGCCUUGAAGUUAUUGGUGGGACAUGAAGAAGAGUUGUUGCAUAUAAUACCCGUUCUUCUUGGAUGCAACAUGGAAAACGUGGUUGAAGGGAAUGUGAUAAAGAUAACUUCAGUGCAGAACCUUCUGAGGUUGAUGAAGGGAACUGCAUAUAGCCAUUUAAUGGAGGUCAUCGUGGAAGUGGCUCCAGAAACCUUAUACAAAGAGCUAUUCACAAAAGUCUUCCGAAACUCAUUGGUUCAGCUGUCAUAUCAUGAAUGUGGGAAUUUUGUUGUCCAAGCAUUAGUUUCUCAUGCAAGAUCUCAAGAUAAUAUAGAGUUGAUAUGGGGGGAACUCGGUCAAGAGUUCAAGGAUCUUCUUGAAAAGGGAAUGGCUGGUGUUGUUGCUUCUGUCAUUGCUGCAAGUCAGAGGCUUCAUAGCCACGAACACAAGUGUUCUCUGGCUCUUGCUGCUGCUAUAUGUUCAACGAAUGAGUCUCCCGGAUGCAUUGUUCCUCGAUUAUUAUUUCUUGAAAGCUACCGUAAAUGCAAAGAUAAAUCCAAUUGGAGUUGGCCUAAGGGUUUGAAGAUACCCUUGAAGAUGCAUGUCAUGGGUUCUUUGAUUCUUCAGUUAAUUUUCAAAUUCCCAAGUGAGUUCAUUCAACCUUAUAUUACAAGUAUCGCAUCCAUGGAAACUGACCAUGUUCUUGAAGCAUCAAAAGACUCUGGGGGUCAAAGGGUUAUUGAAGCUUUUCUGAGUUCAAAUGCUUCUGCAAAACAGAAACGUAGAUUGGUUAUGAAGCUUCGAGGACAUUUUGGAGAGCUUUCAUUGCAUCCGUCAGGUUCAUUUACAGUUGAAAAGUGCUUCACUGCCGGUAACCUAUCUCAGAGGGAGCUAAUUGUAUCAGAGUUGUUAGCUGUGCAAUCGGAGCUCUCCAAGACUAAGCACGGCCCCCCUCUUUUGAGGAAAUUUGACGUGGAUUGGUUUGCAAGACGACCAGAUCAGUGGAAGUUGAGACAAGCAUCAAAAGAAUCAGCUUACAAAGAGUUUUAUACAACAUUUGGCUCGAAAGAAACCAAGUCAUCCAAAACCAACAGCUUUCUUGCGGAGACUCCUCGCACAUCACAGUCAGAAAACUUAAAGGUGAUGAGGAAAGAAAUUGAGUCUUCAAUUGCUUCUGCCGCUGCACAAUCUUCUACAUUGCAGAUUCUAGCCAAUGAGAACUCAACAACUAAAACGAGAACGUCAGGCCAUAAACGCCACGCAGAAAGAGCAGAAAACAAAGGUGAGACAUUUUGCAAAGCUGUCGCUGGUGAUGAUAUUUUUAAAAGCAAAACGAAAAGGCAGAAAAAGGAAAAGGAUCAUGGUGGGGAUGAAAAUGCUGUUGAAAAAAAGAAGAAGAAACGCCUGAGGAAGGAUGACUAGACAGAUUUCUUUAUGCCUCGUGGAAUAGCUGGUUUUCCUGAUCAAAAUGUAACGGAAAGCGUGAGAUUUGAUUCAGCUGUUGUAUUUCUCUUUUUUCUUAAUCUUGCUUGUACUAGUUUUGACUUGAACUCACAUAUAAAUUAGGUAGAUGGAAUUUUUGAGUAGUUGUUUUUGAGUUAUUCUGUUUUGUUCUCUUUGUGACUGAUAAUGUGGUUAUGUAAAAUAACUUGAUUGAGCUGGAAGUUGAAAACUGUUGCCAACAAAGAAACUUGAAAUUUUACAUCUGAAUACUUCAAAAAAACAAUCAACUUCAGAAAUGGGUACUCCUAUGAAAGCAAAAUUGUUGUGGAUCCCAACGGUACAUGUGACUUCUGCCCUAGACUCGGUAAAAAAGCAUUGCUGAUUGCUGUUUACUUCUUUCGGCCAUGAAUGCUGUCUGAAUCUAUGCUGAGAAAGUGAGAAUGGUGGGAAAGGCUUGAAUGUCUCGGAGAUGGAGGUUACUUGUUCUGUGUUGGGUUUUGCCCGGUUGGUGGGCAGACCCGUAAGCUCGAGCCCACCUUCUUGAAUGGAUCUUCUUUCCCAUCCGGCUGCAAGUCAUGGAAAGCUUGUGAUGCCGCCAAGGACGAUUGUUCUUUCGCAAGUAGGAGGCGGGAUGCUUGGGCUCCGCUUGCGGAGGAGUGAAGAAUCAGCACAAGUGCAAGAACAAAAGCAGCCAGUGAUCUCAAGUAGUAGUAGUUCUUCAUGAUAGUGAAGUGUGUUUGUUUGUUAUGAUACUAUUACUAUAGUUUCGUGAAGCUGGCUUUUAAGCUGUUUCGUGU